UGUCAACUCCACCCCCUCUGCGGCUGCGCAGUGAGGCAGACGUCGGAGAGUCGUCGGGCUACUAAAGUUCUUUGGUAAAACGAGUCGACUCUGUUGAGUUUAUUUGACUUUCAGCAGCACACACGGAGCGUGUACAGAGCCAUGAACCCCGACAUCAGGAGAGAGCGUCAAAACGCCUCGUUUAAUGUGACUGAAUUGACUUAUAUUUUGGACGGGGGCCCGGAAAAGACCAAAAGAAGACGAGAAAUAGAGUCACUGGUUUUUAGUGACCCAGACUUCAAUGCAGAGGACCCAAACUUCCUGUCUUACAGUGAGCGCUAUGACCAGUCUGUUCGAAAAAGCGCCCAGAUGAUCCUGAAGCUCAGAGAGUAUGCCAUCGCUGACCCAGAAGAGAUCCACCAAUACAAGAGUUGUGUGCACCCAGGUGGGCCAUCGCCCUUGGACCUCCAUUUGGUGAUGUUCCUGCCCACUCUGCUCAACCAGGCCACCCCAGAACAAAUGGAGCGUUUCUUCAUGCUCACCUGGAACCUAGACAUCAUCGGCACCUACGCUCAGACUGAGAUGGGCCACGGCACUCACCUCAGAGGCCUGGAGACCACAGCGACAUUCGAUCCAGCCACCCAGGAGUUUGUGCUGAACAGCCCCACCGUCAGCUCCAUCAAGUGGUGGCCCGGAGGACUUGGGAAGUCUUCCAACCAUGCUAUAGUCAUAGCCCAGCUGUACAGCCUGGGGAACUGUCACGGUUUGCACGCUUUCAUCGUACCCAUCCGCGACAUGAGCACACACCAACCUCUACCAGGUAUUGUGGUCGGCGACAUCGGGCCAAAAUUUGGCUUCAGUGAAGUUGACAACGGCUUCCUGAAACUGGAGAAUGUGAGGAUUCCACGGGAGAACAUGCUAAUGAAGUAUGCUAAGGUGGAGGCAGACGGUUCCUAUGUGAAGCCACCCAGCUCCAAGCUGACCUACGGCACCAUGGUGUUUGUCCGCUCCAUUAUUGUUGGCGAGUCUGCUCGGGCCCUUGCCAAGUCCACCACCAUCGCCAUCCGCUACAGCGCCGUCCGUCACCAGUCUGAGAUCCGACCCGGAGAGCCGGAGCCUCAGAUCCUGGACUACCAGACGCAGCAGUACAAGCUCUUCCCCCUGCUGGCUACAGCCUACGCCUUCAGUUUUGUUGGCCAGUACAUGUCAAAGAUCUACCACCGCAUAUCUGGAGACAUCAACGACGGGGACUUCAGCGAGCUCCCUGAGCUCCACGCCCUCUCUGCGGGUCUGAAGGCCUUCACCACGUGGGUAGCUAACUCUGGUAUCGAAGUGUGCCGCAUGUCAUGUGGUGGCCACGGUUACUCCCGGAGCAGCGCCUUACCGGACAUUUACGUGGCGUUUACCCCCACCUGCACCUACGAAGGAGAGAACACCGUUAUGAUGCUGCAGACUGCCAGAUAUCUGGUGAAGAGUUACCGGCAGGCUAAAGAGGGCCAGCAGCUCAGCGGCAUCGUGUCGUACCUCAACGAGUCACAGAACCGGAGGCUGCAGCCGCAGGCCGUCGCCGCCCAACCGCCUGUGGUCGACGUCAACGAUCUGAGCAGCCUGGUGGAGGUCUACAAACAGAGAGCUGCAAUUCUGGUGGAGAUGGCAGCCAAGAGCAUCCAUCAGGAGCUGCAGCGCGGGAAGAGUCAGGAGGAUGCCUGGAACGGUAGCGCCAUCGAGCUGGUCCGAGCCUCAGAUGCCCACUGUCACUACGUUGUAGUGAAGGUCUUCAGUGAGAAGCUGGGGGAGGUCGGGGACACAGCGAUACACUCUGUGCUGUCCACCCUGGCUCUUCUCUAUGCCAUGCAUGGGAUCGCAGAGAACUCCGGAGACUUCCUGCUGGCUGGACUGCUGAGCGCACCUCAGGUUUUACAGAUUUCCGUCCGUAUCAAAGAGCUCCUGUCUCAGCUGAGGCCCAACGCCGUGGCGCUGGUGGACGCCUUUGACAUCCACGACAAGAAGCUGAAUUCUGUUCUGGGACGCUUUGAUGGAAACGUCUACGAGAACAUGUUCGAGUGGGCUCGUCGCUCGCCUCUUAAUGCCACAGAGGUCCAUGAAUCCUUCCACAAAUACCUGAAGCCUCUGAGAGCCAAACUGUGAGCUGGUGGAUGGACAAGGGCUGCUGGCUGGAACACUAACCCUGCACACAUUUUACAGAAAAUAAGAAAUGGGCAGAAUUAGUGAGAAAUGUAGCCCCCCCCCUUUCCUCUCAUGAGGUGAAGUUCAUCACGAUCAGCUGAUAUACAUCCCUCCUGUAGAGCCGUAGCGACUUAGUGGAGGGCAGACACACUUAAUAAACACAUUUCAGUGACAAACUUAGAAACAAAUGCUAAAUUAUUGUUUAAUUAGAUAAAGUUUGACUUCACAGAAAUAACAAACAAUACAACAGGAAAACCACAAUGGCUGCUGAUGUUCUGUGAACUAAAUAUCCAUUAAAUUUAUAUUUAGUCUCAUGUUUCAUCAUCUUUUCUUCACGUCCAGCAUCGAGUCACUGGUGAAGACACGUUUCCCUCCAAGAGAAAACAAUCGACAUUGGCAACCUUGUUGGACAAUCUUUAACAGUUGAUAUUUUAAGCUUGCACAAAUAGACCUUGUGUUGGAUGUGCUAAGAUUGAGGAUGAUGUAAUUAUGAAUGCGUGCAUGCAGGUGUCUGAGAUUGCUUCAGGGAGAGAAAAGGUGAAUCUGAGUGAAAAAUGAUGUUUUGUAAUUAAACUUAGUUCUUAUUAGAAAAACUGCAUCAGAACGCUAUCUAUUGUGUUCUGCCUCACCGUACUCAGGACCCUCUUUCAGAUCCGGACCUCGGAGGAUGUUUAUCCAGGUCACACCUUGGCUGGCAGAGGAGACGAAGGUGUGCGACGGUCCAGUCCAGAGUUGACCUCGGUACACGUUGAUGAAGCGUUUAGCAGAUGCGCUUUCUCAAGUUUAAGUUAACUCAGAAAUCAAAGACUCUGGGACGAGUCUGCGUUAGCUAGUUGCAUUUCAGCUAUCCUGUCUGGCUUGACAGAAAUAACGUGGGGGGGGGGGGGGGGGGGGGGGGAGAGCCGGCAGGGCUCUUUUCCCCGUUGGCGUUUGUUCCGCACGUCCGCUCUCUCUCGUUUUCAAUCUCGUGAAAGGGCUGCAGAGUUGUAGUAGACCAAUAAGAAAGAUACGGUGUUGAUUUAAAAGAGACUAAAGAAGGAAUGCCACUUUUUUAUUUUUACAUGAGAUAUUUUAUUAUAUUGAAGCUGAUCGACCCUAAAAGAAAAUCUUUACCCUGGAAAUAAAUUUUUUGUCAAACACUGAAAACCCAACAGCAGCAGUUUAGCUCAGGCAGUUUCCUCACUGCGUGAGAUCAGAUGGGAUCAUUUAGUCUCUCUGCAUUCCAGUUUAUAAGUGUGUGUGUGUGUGUGUGUUUCUGAGAGAACUGCCUCUUCAUCAGUGGAGAUGAUGGUCUGAUGCUGUGUGAUGGAUGAUUUCAGCAGUCUGCACGCUUUCCUGCUUUUGAAUGUCGUUGAGCGGCAGAAAGAUUUCUGCGUUUUUUUGCUGCAGUUGAAGUUAGCUGUAAAAAAAAUAAGCUGUUUGAAAACACACACACACCACGUGGGGUAGCUUUUGUUUUAAUGAUCCCAUUUGAACUGUUCAAACCUGAAAUCUUCAGUUCUUACUCUACUAAUGCUGCUCAAAUAAAAAUGCCUGCAACCUCCAGCCUUUUCGGGUUGCUGCAACCUGGAUUUUUUUUUAAACAAAAUUUUCACCAAAUUAAAAAAAGCAACAAAAUACCCAUAAAUAGUUUUAUAACAUUUUGAUAUUGUAAUCCCAAUGGUGACAAAAGAGCGCUUUACUCAAAGUAUCACUGUAAAAUGUUGAUUUAUCUGGAAGAAAUGUGCCUGAAAACGAUUUCUGCUCUUAAUCUAGAAUUUUUACAUUUACAAAAGCUAAGCAGCGUUUGCUUUCUGUGGGAAAUAGCAGUUAUCGUUACAGUGUAAGCUGUUGUUAAAGCAAGCGUGUGGAGUUCAUCAUGCUCUUUGAUCAACAGGGAUUUCAGUUUGUCUUAAUGUUGAGUAAAUAAACAAUCAUUUGGUCUG